UCACUACUCAAACAAGUUUCUGAAGGAGAGACAGCAGAGAGUAAAAGCUAAGAGAGAGAGCGAGACGGGGAGAGACAAAGAGAGAGAGAUCAUUUUGGUUAUUAAGUAAUUAACAUACUAGUUAAUUAACUUAUACUAAUCAUGGGUUUUAUCGAUGGAAAGUGGGCACCGAUGAUCGUCAUAAUUGUUACUAACAUGAUUGCCGGAAUGGUUAACGCUUUGAUUAAGAAAGUUCUUGAUGGAGGCAUUAAUCAUAUGGUUAUUGCUACUUAUCGUUUGGGUAUUUCUACUCUUUUCCUUCUUCCAAUCGCUUAUUUUUGGGAACGAAAAACAAGACCAAAGCUAACUCUAAGCAUCUCAUGUCAGCUUUUCGUCAGUGCCCUUUUUGGAGCGAGCUUGAUGCAGUAUUUCUACCUGCUUGGACUCUCCUACACGUCUGCAACGUUGGGAUCUGCUUUCUGGGCCAUAAUGCCUUCUCUCACUUUCGUUAUGGCUUUAAUAUUUGGGUUCGAAAAGCUAACUUUGAAAACAAAAAUAGGAUACGGCGUCGUUCUUGGAACUUUAAUAAGCUUAGUAGGAGGUUUACUUCUUACUAUGUAUCAAGGCAUUCCACUAACAAACUCUCAAGAACAAGCAGAAAAUCCAAACAACCACACAGGACAUGAGAAUUGGAUCAAAGGUUGUUUCUUUUUAUUGACCGGAGUUAUUCUUUUCAGUUCUUGGAUGCUUAUACAAGCCAAGAUCAACGUGAAUUACCCUUGUCCAUACUCGAGUACCGUUAUUUUGUCGGUCUUUGGUACACUUCAAUGCGCCCUUCUUAGUUUAAUCAAGACUAGACAUUUGGAAGAUUGGAUCCUCAGAGACGAGCUAACCAUCAUCACCGUCAUUAUAGCGGGCGUGGUUGCACAAGGAAUGUGUACGGUGGGCAUAUCGUGGUGUAUCAAACAACAAGGACCUGUCGUUUCCUCAUCAUUUAGUCCUGUCGUACUUAUGUCUGCAACCUUGUUCGAUUUCUUGAUUCUUCAUCGUGUGAUUUAUUUGGGAAGCGUUAUCGGAUCUGUGGUGGUUGUGAUCGGUUUAUACAUAUUUUUAUGGAGUAGGAGUAAGCAAAUAAAAGAGUGUAAGAUCAUGAAGUUGCCUACUAAUACGGUGGAAGAAGAAAAGGAAGAGGAAGGCCGUACAAAUGUUAACAUGGGCCAGCUUUUGGUUAUACCGAUGACUCCUUGAUCUACUUCUCUAAGACCACCAUUAACAAGGAUAUCUUAAAGAGUUCUUAAAUAAGAAAUAUGGCUUAGCUAAGACCCAAAACUAAGAAAAGUGGUUUAGCUAAGACCCAAAACUAACCUUAAGAACCAACCACAUGUCAUAUUAUUACUUUAAUACUUCUAAGAACCAUUUUUAAGAUACCAUUGUUAAUCAUGCUCUAAACACUCUUGUUCAACUAGAAUGAUCGAUAUGUCUUCAGAAAUUAAAUAUGAAGAAGAGAAAAUGAUCGUUUUGAUUGUUUAUUGGACUAUUCAUCACUUGUAUUGUAACGUUUAGCUUUUUUGGAUUUUAAUGUUGCGGGAUUCAUUUGGAUAUUGUAAUUUGUUUAUAUGAAUAAACAGUAUCAAAUUUGACCUUAA